CCAAGGGCGUCCCGGGCCUCGCCUUGGCUUCCGGCCCCACCUGCCGUCAGGUCUCCGCUACCGCUGCCCCUAAGAGUUGGGUCAUUCCCGAAGGACUCGGUGUAGGCAGCCUGGUCGCUGUGGGGCUGCCGAUCGUCCUGUGCGAUCCCAGGAACUGGCUCUUAGGCCAAGACAGCCGGAAUGAACCAGGUUAACCAUCAAGAUGGUACACGCUGAAGCUUUUUCUCGCCCCUUGAGUCGGAAUGAAGUUGUCGGUUUAAUUUUCCGUUUGACAAUAUUUGGUGCAGUAACAUACUUUACUAUCAAAUGGAUGGUAGAUGCAAUUGAUCCAACCAGAAAGCAAAAAGUAGAAGCUCAAAAACAGGCAGAAAAACUAAUGAAGCAAAUUGGUGUGAAAAAUGUGAAGCUUUCAGAAUAUGAAAUGAGUAUUGCUGCUCAUCUAGUAGACCCACUCAACAUGCAUGUUACUUGGAGCGAUAUAGCAGGUUUAGAUGAUGUCAUUACAGAUCUGAAAGACACAGUCAUCUUACCUAUCAAAAAGAAGCAUUUAUUUGAGAAUUCGAGACUUCUGCAGCCUCCAAAAGGUGUUCUUCUCUAUGGACCCCCAGGCUGUGGUAAGACGUUGAUUGCCAAAGCUACAGCCAAAGAAGCUGGCUGUCGAUUUAUUAACCUUCAGCCUUCCACACUGACUGACAAAUGGUAUGGAGAGUCUCAGAAGUUAGCCGCUGCUGUUUUCUCUCUUGCCAUAAAGUUACAACCUUCUAUCAUCUUCAUAGAUGAAAUAGACUCCUUUCUACGAAACCGUUCAAGUUCUGACCAUGAAGCUACAGCAAUGAUGAAAGCUCAGUUCAUGAGUCUCUGGGAUGGAUUGGAUACUGACCAUAGUUGCCAGGUCAUAGUGAUGGGAGCGACCAAUCGUCCUCAGGACCUUGACUCGGCCAUAAUGAGAAGGAUGCCGACAAGAUUUCAUAUCAACCAGCCUGCUCUAAAACAAAGAGAAGCAAUUCUGAAACUCAUCUUGAAAAAUGAAAAUGUGGAUAGGCAUGUAGACCUGCUAGAAGUUGCCCAGGAAACUGAUGGGUUUUCAGGAAGUGACCUAAAAGAGAUGUGUCGAGAUGCUGCCCUCCUCUGUGUCAGGGAGUAUGUGAACUCUGCAUCAGGAGAAAGCCAUGAUGAAGAUGAAAUCCGGCCUGUGCAACAACAGGACCUGCAUCGGGCAAUUGAAAAAAUGAAGAAAUCAAAGGAUGCAGCGUUUCAGAAUGUUCUGACCCAUGUGUGUUUAGAUUAAGAGUAAAAAUGAUUUGUACCGUUCGGUGAUCUCAUCGGUGUGCACUCUUACAGUCAGUGGAGAUAGAAUGGAACGACUGCUCUUUAAACGAAGGAGUUCGAUGUUUAUGGUUUUAUACUCUGAAUCCUAAGUUAUUGAGAUAUAGUUGUUAUAUAAAUGGUAUUACCACUUGUCAGAAAUCAUGAGGAGGAACAAUAUAACAGCCUGAGUGUGGGUGCUUGUGUUUGACCUCUUUAGCCAUAUGUUACAGCCUUAUAGAAUCUAAGCUGGUCUUAAAGUAAUAAAUGUUCAUUGGCUCGUUAGUGAGAAAUGGGGAUGUGGCUAGGUGCCGGUUCCCAGACAUGUUGAGAGAGAGAGAGACUGAGAGAGAGAGAGAGAGUGUGUGUGUGAGUCAAGUGUAUAUAUCCACACAUUUUAUAUCGACAUUCUGUAGAUAUGUUUGAAUACGGAAACUUUUUUUUAACCCCAACUACUGAAUCCAAAAGUACCAAAUAGUAUAUAGUUGAAACCAAGAUUUAAGGUUGGACUAAAAGGUACCACGAUUCAGCCAUUUCCCGCUGUCACUUGUUUCAGCUGUUUUCUCCGUCUGCAGUUGGUUAGUUGGAUGAACCACACUUGGGGGUAUACCUGUGGCUCAGUUACGGUAGGCAGGAUGGUCAGAUAGGAAUAUCCGUUCAGUGGUCAUUGUUCGGUGACCAUCGUUGAAUGGUGGUUAGUCAUGUGAUCAAGACUGACUACCUCUCUGUGAGCUCACUGAGGAGAAAUAUUUUUUAACAUUUUAAGUUGAUUUACAUGAAGGUGGAUUAAAAGCCUUUAAAGAAUGAGUUUGAAAACCUCAGUUCCCAUCAGUGUGUGUAUAUGACUUUUCUUUUAUUGCUCAGUGUAAACAGUACUGUGGUAACUAUGUUUUUUUAAGGUUAAAGUUGUAUGUUCUUUAAUUAUGGUCAAAUAUAAUUCGGUCACCCACAAUAAAAUAGUUGUUACUAAAUGUGCUAAAAAUACUCAUUUUGUAACUUUAAUUUUUAAAGUUCUUAGCAUAUUACAUAGUGUGUCCUAGUUUGGUACAAAUGCACACAUCACAAUUCCCAUAUUGUAUCUGUGGCCCUCUGAUGUCUUGUGAGCACAUUUGAAACACCGUUUGUUUUUCAAAAUUCCACUGACCAGAAUUCUGUUAUAGGCACUUAGACACAGCAUGAGGAAAAUGGCACAGCACAAUCUUGAGGUGCCUUCUGAAUCAUCAGAAAGGUUAAAUUAUGCUUCAUGUGUUUUUGUUGUAUUUCUUUGAAAACUCUCAAUCUUUAUACAUGAGUUGUUGGAUUAAUUUCUCUGAUAAUGUCUCAUGAAAACCUAUCGGGGAUUUAUUCUUUAAUUGUACUUUGAAUGGUGAGGUAGAGAUUGCAGAAGACAUGGGUAACAAAAGAGCAAGUUAUGAAACAUGAUGGAAAAAUUUAAUGCAAAUACAAUAUACCAAAAAUAAAAAACUUGUCCCAUUUUUAAUAAUUUAUGUUAUUAUUUUAUAAAUGUAAUAAAGGGAUCCCUCUAUUGAUUUUUCUCCACUUAA